AUGCAAACGCCGAGUGCGGAGCGCACCGAAGCGCCGGACGCAUUCGAAUCGCAGUCCGACGUGACGGGAGACGAUGUGCACGACCACGUGCUUCUGUCCGCGCUACGCACCGUCGUUAGAUCGUCUGGUGGCGCGCCCUCUGCGGCGAAAGGGGGGCGCAACUACGCGUGGACGAACACCGAAUCGCCCGCCGCUUUACUCGCGCGCGAGGGCGCCAAUAACAAAGAGCAGCGCGAGAAGACUGAUGUUAGGGCCAAAGACUGCCAACGUCGCUUCAUCGGUGCACUUCGCGUCGUAGAAGCUUCGCACGCGGAGCUCGAGCAGAAGAACAUAUCCGGCCCAUUUUUGCCCAUCCUCUACCGCAAAGCGAACGUCGAUAUGGCCGCGACGCCGCAACAAGCGGCGACGCAACGCGGCGGAAACGAAGGCAAAUCGGUGCUUGUACGCGGAGACGCGAUCUACGCGUGCAUCGUCAAGCACGUAUUACCAGUCGCCCGCAGAACGUACACGCAUCGUGAGUCGGGCAUCAACUGGAUGGACGUCUCCGCGGCUGUCAGCGCGCAUGUCGACGCGUUGCUGACCGCAGAGCCACCGCUGAGUAAAACGGACCGCGAAUUACUAUCUGCAGCUCACUAUGCAUGGCAGUGGACGUGCCCGGAGAAUCCCGAUGUCUGCGCGUCGUCGACGCUAAGCAAGCACGCCUUGAUGAGCUUCAACCUCACAAAGACCCUCGCGCGUCCCGCGGAAGCGUAUCCCCAGAACCGCGCGGACCAGCGCUCGCGGAAAGCGUUGCGUGAGACAUCGCAACGCGGUGCUGUGGCUGCAAUGCGUGCGACUGACUCCGCGCAAAAGCGAAGGCGUGAACAAGAUGAACUUCGGACGUCCCUUCUCAAGAAGAAGACUCAAGUUUUAGCGCUGCUCGAGGAGGAGCUGCUGGCCAUGCGAGCAGAGCGACUGCGCGAAUCUAACCCAUCCGACGACCAUCGUGUGGGACUCAUCGCAUCCGGUGCGACCGAUUCCCAUGCACGCGCGGGUGGACUCACGUUUGCCGAACGCCUCGAACGCACAGAUGAGGAAGAAGCAUCGAACGAAAACGCUGACGAGUGCGCGACCGACGUGGCGCGCGCAACGGAACCCGCGAUGUCACCGGCACAAGAAAACGUUCCGCCGAACGAAUCUCACGGGCGCGACGCGCAGACUACGGCGUGCCAGGUACCAGUCACUACCACUCAGGACGAAGCAUGUGUGCCAUCUACUGAUGUCACGCCCGCGUGUACGCCGCGACGAUCGGUUCGCGCAUCGAAGCCCAAUCUGCGUUUGCAGCGUGUGUAA